CAGCGCUAGCAGGCCCAGAGCUGAGGUGACUCAACAUUCAGCAAGGGGUCGGACUUCGGAUGAGUUAUAAGCAGCAGCUAAGGGACGCGAUGGUGGAGACCAAGACCCGAACGUCGAGCAACAGCUGGAAACGAAACCCUAGCAGCUCGCCCAUGUCGUGAAGAGUCCUCAUCCGCGUGCUCGGUCUGUUGUUCUGCUUGACUCGAGUCGUCUGCUGGGUGCUGGCUACUCUCCUCUCGUGCGUGCUCGAGUCCUGACCCCUGUCAUUCUCUGUCUGUGCGUGCUAUCUGCUGCUGCUCGAGUCCUCGUACCACAUUUGCAGCUUGUCUCUGGUCUUCAGAUCGUCGGAGGAGGAUUGAGAGCAAUGGCGUUGACCGUGCCCGCUGGUUCACUGCCCAUAUCUUCUCCAAUCACUGCGAAGAGGUCUUCCUCCGGGGAAGUCCUUGAACUGAAACAACAAGGUCGCAGCUUGUUGAAUUUCCUGAGAAGGCCUGCAAGGACCGGACAUAUAUCGGUGGCUUCAUGCUCAAUGUCGGAAAAUGGAGGACAUGGACGGAAUUCCCCUGUAAUGAUCGGUGAAAAGGAUGGCCUUAUCAUUGUUGACCACGGGUCGCGCCGCCAAGAAUCCAAUCUCAUGCUCAAUGAUUUUGUGGCGAUGUUCAAGGAUAAAACAGGGUACCCGAUCGUGGAGCCUGCCCAUAUGGAGUUGGCAGAGCCCUCUAUACAAGAUGCAUUCUGUUCGUGUGUUCAGAAAGGCGCCCUCCGUGUGAUUGUAAGCCCUUUUUUUCUUUUCCCAGGAAGACACUGGCACAAGGAUAUUCCUGCUCUGACAGCUGAAGCAGCAAAGGAGCACCCGGGUGUCUUGUAUAUGGUAACUGCACCUCUUGGCCUGCACGAGCUACUCGUGGACGUCGUCAAUGACAGGAUCAAGCACUGUCUAAGGCAUGCUGCCGGUGAUGCAGAUGAAUGUGCUGCUUGUGCAGGAACAGGCAAAUGCAGGCUCUACUGAUUCAUCUAACAAGCUAAACGCAGACAACAAUAUGCAGAAAUAUUCCCCGAGCUUCCACAUAGAAUAUAUGCCUGGCAGCAUCAUCAUCGAGCUUCAGACCGUUGAUUGAUCCCAUCUUCCUCAUCCGGUAAUACUAAGAUUUGUGAUCAUGUUGAUCCCUGCGAUUGCUUUAUUAACAAACAGUUCUAGAUGUUCCAAUUCAGCUAGCAUUAACAGUAUUCUGCGUGUAUAUUAUACCUUGUCAUUGAUUUAUGAACAUUCGUUUUACUUUACUAUUUCUUCCUCAA